AUGGCCACCACCCGAUCACUUGGAGUGCACGAACCCUCAGCUAUUUCCUACCUUGUCGCGGAAGGAUUUCUUUCACCAGAUCCCUCGGAAGACCAAUAUAAAUGGACAACAUGUGUCGAUGAAGGAGGCUCGACUGGCCCGGUCGACGACGAGCUGGUGUGGACAAAGCAUUGCGUGGUAUGGUCUCGUGCAGGCGUGGUCAAGCGAGUCUUUCGAUUCGACCCCGAAAAGGAGGACGUCAGAUACGCUCUGUUCACUCAAUUCGCGGCUGGAAAUGCCAGGUCACCAGGCUACAGAGAAAAAGCCACCAAUGCCUCGAAGAAGGAUCGCGCCACCCAUACCGCGACGAGAAGCCGGUCAAAGGGUACUCAGAAAGGUCUUGGAGCAGCUUCAUCUUUACCAGGUUCUGGAUCAACGCUGAAUCUGCAUGUGGAUUCUCGAGCUGCAAUUGCAACUCCCUCGAGUUCGAGCGACCAGAGCUCCCGGGCUUUGGUGGUGGUGCUCAAAUCUCAAGCACACAUCUUUUUUGUCGCGGGAAACAGUCACACAAUUCCUUUACCUUUUGAAGUCGAGUCUGUGUUCGCAACACCUCGUGGAUUGCUUUUUCAGCGAAAGAUUUCUGAAGAAAGUCCACAUACUCAGACCCCGUGUGGCCCUCCGCCCAAUUCCUUCAUGACGUCGACCUCAGCCUCAAUUUUUGAUCCGGGUGCAUCCCAGUCGUCGAAUGUACUACGCCCGGCACCUGGCAAAGGGAAGAGGCAGUCUUUCAAACUGCCUUCGAUACGCAAUUCGACUUGGGGCUCGGGUUCUCACGGCAGUGCAGAUAUUCCUCGUGUCUUCUCACUCAUUGAUCCUCAUUCGGAAAUGGGAUUGGUGGUGACUUGCUCAACAUCCCCCGGGUUCAAGAGUAGUAUCAGCAGCAGUACUUCACGGCGUCAAGGUUCAGGCUUGGAUUCUCUUGAUCCCACUGACGAGAUUGUCUACAUCUCCGCCAAAGACGAACUGUCGAGUCUUGGGCAGACUCGUAACGACACCCCUCUAAUUCUGGUGCUGACUAUGAACAACAUUACGGGGCUCUAUACCGUUUGGACGGCAAGGUAUAGAGAUGAUGAAAUUGAUGGCUCAAAAAGAGGAGCGUCUCGCCGACAGACUGAGGGUACACGAUCCACCAGGCGUAGCUCCCAUUUUGGAAUGGCUACUGGUGCAACGACCCCAGUAGCUCGUCCGCCUACAGGCAGGGAGAGCUUUGGGCCGUGGACAGAGCAUUGGGCCUCGUCUCAAAACACGGAGAGCAAAAACACCGCCGAGGAAGAUUUAGUGUCAAGAGUUGCCCAAGACUUUGGUGACGUGGGAGUGCCUCUUAAGGCUUCUCGACGGGUCAGCUCUCUACUAGCACGUACAGAUCUGGCUAAUAGCCAAGACCGGGUCACAUUUUCUGAUCUCGCUACGGGCAGCCAGUCUAAUACAGCUGUUCAUCACGGCGGCUUCCGCCAGUCAAUGGGGGCAGGUAGCACAAGAGCGAGCUUCGGUUUCAAUCCUCGAUCCAGUCUUCCCCCAGGAUCGGGAUCCGUCUACAGUGCUGCUGGCAGCUUUGUGGACCCCCCAGUGGACAAAUUGCUCGAAGACAUGAAUGGCGGGGGCUUGGCCGAAGGAUUUGGCAAUAUUGCACUGCGAGAAUCAGCUUCUGGUUUGCCGGAAGAGCUGCUUUUGUCCAAAGUCGAAAGCUUCUCUACGAUGUUUUCUGGCAAUUUUCGCGGAUCUUUUGGCCACGCAUCUUCCCACCAUCUCAGAGUCUCCACGUUGUCCUCUCCAGAAUUGAAUAUGCAGAAAGGAAAUGUGCGAUCAGUGGCGAUCUGCAUUGUGGAUCAAGAUUCUCGAAACAUGACAAUUGUGAAUAUGAAAGUCGAGCAAGUGGCCAUCCCCAAGAACAGAAAAGCAGCAAAGAAAUCCAAGUCGGCAGAGCGACGUCCCUUGUUGGUUCAUGCAGCUGGGGUUCAGUACGUGCCUAAUGUUUGGGAUGCUUGUACCAUAACAGAUGGCGGGAUCUCACGACUUCUGACACUGACUGUUCUGGAAAAUGGACAUCGCGAGUUAUCCUUGCAAACUCUUUGGAGUAGUCCAAGCAAGGUCGAAAUCCCGCGCCCACUAUAUCUGAAUGAUCCACACGGCGUGUCGGCCAAAAAACUCGCCAUUCGACCGCGAGACAGCGGCGUCAAUCGUGUCAUGGCAGACCCAGACCUUAUCUUUAAUGCCUUCGAUCACAGCUGCUCGUGCGGAAAGGUUGACCUGGUCGAUACGUCAAAGCAGCGCCAUAGACUCCAGAUCCAGAUGGAGCCUCGCAAUGAGCUUGUCCAAAAGGUCGUCAAGGUCUGCAAUUUCGUGCUUCGUGACACCGGAAAGGCUGGAGACGGCAUACUGGUUGCCUGGUGGGAAGUCAUCAGGUGGCUUCAGAGCAGAGAUGAUGUAGAGAAUGACAUUGAGUGGACUGCACUAGUCAUUGUUUUGUUUUCUCUAGCAAUCCCUUUCAUCAAAUCACCCCAACCCCAGGCUCCAGCCAGACGCACACGCCGGAAGAAGAAUUUCCUUCGCUCCAGUAGCGGCAGCUACAUUGACUUGGAAAGCUGGGAAGCCAUGCUUGAUCUUGAGUCCGGAUCUUCCGGUGUUGUUGCGCCAUGGAUGAAAAGCAGCGCUUGGAACUGGAUUGUUGAGCAGGACUCCGUCGCAGGACACUCGACCCGUGACACCACUCGCCAGAUUCAAAGCGAACAACCAAAUGCCAACCGGACAACUUAUCGCCACAAUUCUUAUUUGCUCCGCUGCGCAUCUCUUAGUCGUGAGUUCCUGCAGAGCUCCCCAGGAGCACGAGCCACUGGUGGGGAUGGAUAUCUGCCCAUUUCGGGGGCUUUUGCCGAGUCGACCAGAUGCACCGCACUUGGUACAAUACUGAUCGGCCUUCACCUCUUGCGGGAGGAACAAAAACUCUGCACUUCUGAUGCGGAAGAGUCUCAACAGCCUUUGGGGCUUCUCGCCCCUGUUCUUGCCCAGCUUGGUGGUUGGUUAGGUUGGCGAUCCUGGAAUUGGUCGGAGAGCUCAUACUUUGGCACUGAGAUGGCCAGUAUGGAACGAUGGCAAUUCGAAGAUACUCGUAUCACCGAGCUCAACGUCCCUGCCGAGCCCUUCUCUCCACCGUCCGUUUUCGAUUUCUUGUCCCGGACUUCGCGCGAAGAAUUCUCCCCAUUCUUAUCGCUUCUCGAUGUCAUCAAUGCUCGAGACCGUACUCCGAGAAAGGACAGGCUUUGGAAGGAAUGUUUCGAUCUGACACCAAGAACACUAGCCCUGAGUGGCUUCCUUUGCGACGUACGUCGAGCAGCCUCGCCCUUGGAAAAAAUCCAGCUACUUCAUCGUUGGGGUUUGAACAAGAGUAUCAUCGAUACCUUCCCAGAAGGGGUGAGUGCGCCAUUGUAUGAGACAGUGAUGCAAUGCCAAAACGAGGCAUCUACCUCGUGGCACACCGCAUUGCUAGAAAUCAUCGAUCGCGAGGAUCUGUAUAUGUCAAUGAAUCCAGCACAAGCCAAAAGCUUCGCCCCAUCUCAGCAGGUCGCUUCCUCCCAUGACGCUUUCCGUGAUCACCAUAAUAUUGGGAAUUCGGCACUGGAAUUUGACAGUGGAGUUGCCUUUGAGGCUUCAGCGGAAGCUGAUCGACUGGCCGUCACUAAACUUGUCUUCCGCGAGGACAGACGCUAUGUAGAGGCAUCGCGACUUUUAAAUCAGUCAAAGGCGCCUGUGGCAGAGUGUUUCCCGGAGCCUGAUUGGACGGAUUCUGAUCUGCUUGAGGCACAAAAGGAGAUUAUGCAACUUGUCUCGUAUCGCACUCUAUCGAUUCCUGCGGGGCGUGGUAUGCUUUUCUUUAGUGGGCGUUUGCCGUUGUUGACUGAGAAGCUGCCAAUUCCCUCGUUCUCGAUGCAGUGUGUCAUGAAGCCCUCGAAUGUCACUGUGAGCGCUGACCGAAACGCCUUCACCGAGGAGAAGGUCUGCUGGGCAUUCUUCCACAACGGUGUGUCGACUGGACUGGCAAUUUCCAAGGAAUCCAAAGGUAUCGACACGUCGUGGAUCCUCUUCAACAAGCCCGCGGAAUUGACUAACCGCCACGCCGGCUUCUUGCUCGCCCUCGGUCUGAAUGGUCACCUGAAGAGCCUAGCGAAAUGGGUGGCUUUCAAAUACUUGACUCCCAAACAUACCAUGACUUCGAUCGGCUUGCUGCUUGGCCUCUCAGCAUCCUACAUCGGCACCAUGGACACCUUGAUCACUCGGCUACUUUCGGUCCACGUGUCGAGGAUGCUUCCGAUGGGCGCUGCCGAGCUCAACCUGUCGCCUUUGACCCAGACCGCUGGUAUCAUGGGUAUCGGCCUCCUCUAUUGCCGCUCUCAGCAUCGUCGCAUGAGUGAGGUAAUGCUAUCAGAGAUAGAGAACACAGAAGAGGAAGAACAUGCUGGAGCGCAGGAGGACUUGCGGGACGAGGGAUACCGGCUGGCUGCAGGGUUUGCUCUGGGAUUGAUCAAUCUCGCCAAGGGCAAAGAUCUGCAAGGUAUGCGAGACAUGCACGUUGUGGAGCGACUGCUGUCCAUCGCAGCAGGUACCAAGCACGUUGAUCUGGCGCACGUGCUGGAUCGUGCCACUGCGGGUGCAACAAUCGCAACUGCACUCAUAUUCAUGAAGACCAAUGAUCAGGUCUUGGCUCAGAAGAUCGACAUUCCCGAUACAACCGUUCGUUUCGAUUACAUCCGACCGGAUCUGUUCCUGCUGCGCACUCUAGCUCGGCAUCUCAUCAUGUGGGACAGCAUCAGACCAGAAGUGGACUGGAUCAAUUCAAGCUUACCCGAGGUCUAUCGAAGACGUGCACGUCUGCGGGGCAUUCACCGGCUGCAGAGUGAGGACAUGCCAUUUUUCAAUAUCAUCGGUGGUCUCUGCUUUGCGCUAGGCCUGCGUUAUGCAGGCUCCGGCAAUACGCAAGCUCGAGAUCUUCUGCUAUACUACCUUGACCAGUUCAUCCGCAUCUCCCGCUUGCCGGUUCUCAGCUAUGAUGCUAGACUCACACGUAAUUCGGUCAGAAAUUGUCAAGACAUCGUGUCCCUGUCUGCGGCAGUCGUCAUGGCUGGUACGGGUGACUUGAUGCUGUUCCGAAGACUGCGGUCACUCCACGGACGAGUCGACCCAGACACUCCCUAUGGCAGUCACAUGGCUGCGCAUAUGGCAAUCGGUAUGCUCUUCCUCGGCGGGGGUAGCUAUACACUCGGCACCUCUGAUCUCGGUGUGGCUGCCCUUCUUUGUGCUUUCUAUCCUGUCUUCCCCACAGAAGUGCUGGACAACAAAUGUCACCUGCAAGCGUUCCGCCAUCUCUGGGUGCUCGCUGCAGAACCGCGCUGUAUUGUUCCUCGGGACCUCGACACCCGGCGUCCAAUUUCGAUCCCGAUCACUAUCACCUUGCACACUGGUGGUGUAUCAACCCUCACUGCUCCUUGCCUGCUCCCUGAUCCCGGCGAGAUCCGCCGGGUGGAUGUCCGGGGACCGGAUCACUGGCCCCUUGCGUUAGAUUUCAGCCAAGAUGACGCUCUACGCGAAAAGUUCCGCCGAGGAGAUCCAUCUGUCUAUCUGCGCCGCAAGGCUACCUACAGUUCUGCGGGAGAUUCUACUUCGGUAUUCGCGUCCACUCUUACCGGUCUGAGCGAAACACAAGACAUUCUCCCCACCAUGACAGCUGCAGGCGCAACCCCCGCCAAGGGUCUUCCCCCGUCGCUAUGGCCAAAUCACACUGCUCUACUGUCUGGCUCACUGGGCGCUGCAGCAGGAUCUUCCCAGUCUCCAUGGGACUGGGUCUUCGCCUUACCGUCCCUCCAAGGGCUGGAUAUCCGUGAACGAUCACUCGUUCUCCCUUCUUCUUUCCCUGCGCCCUCAAGUCGCAUCAACACUCGCCUGGUUACAGCACCACAUUGGCUCCGCACUUCAGCCGUCGAUACUCGACUCGCGCUGGCGCAUACCGUGCGUAACAUUGUACAGGCUGCCCACGGGCAAAGCGCGGAUGCGGAUGAAGUUCGUGACCGUGUCUGGCAACUCCGACUCUUAUUCGAAUGGCUGGAUCGUGUGCAGGCCGACGAUGCGGAGAAGAAUGCUAGUCCGGGAGUGCUGCCACAAGCUCAGAAUCAGACAUCGGGUCUGUGGCUGCGAAGGGACUUUUUGGAGGAGGCUAGGUGGCAGAUCCUGGAGGUUCAGAAUGAAGGGCCUGGGAGUGAGAUGGGCGGUGCGUGA